ACACUUCUUGUUUUUCGCUACUUUGUCUUUUUUACGUUAUUCAACAGUCUGAUUACUUACCUUUUGAAAAUCUGAUGCACCCGUCCCUCUCUCUUCCUUCUUCCAUGGACAGGAUGAGAGCUUCGAGAUGCAGAAAGAGGUGUACAGGGGUCAACAGUACAGUCGAAUCUAUUUUGCUCGUCUCGACACGAUAUGGACUUUACUUUAUUCUCGAAUUCCCAACUGGAAAUCCCAUUUAACAGGGGAAGACAAGUAUGUGGUCUUUUUGUCAGGGCUGAGCAUCGGGAAUGCUGCUUCUAAUCCUCUUCAGUUCCAGCUUCUUGUUGAUCACAUAACAGGACAUCUGGGAGAUGAUGAGGAACAAGGCAUUGCUGCACGGAUAGUUCAUGUGGUUGUUGCUGCGAACUUGGUUGAAAUUCCACGUGGACCUCUUAAUGGACAGAAUUUGGCUUCAAAGUACCAGUCAAGGCUUUCUGAGGCAAUGAAAGAGCUGGAUAUCUUGUUGACUCAGAUUGCUGCAGGGUUGCCAUUUGAUAUCAUGCCAGGAUAUAAUGACCCAGCAAAUUUUUCUUUACCCCAGCAGGUUUUUUGUACAUACUGAGAGGAAAUGUACCAUGGAACUACAUUUGCAUCAUGUUGCUUUGAUUCAAUCAUCCUCCCUUCAGCCAUUGCAUAGAUGUCUUCUUCCUGGUUCAGGAGCUUAUAACACUUUAGGUCCUGUACUAAUCCUCAUUGCUUUAAGCUUGAUAAUGCUAGAUUUCUUGGAACAUCAGGUCAGAAUAUAGAUGAUCUUGCAAAGUAUUCAGAGGCAGACGGUACACUUGAUUUUAUGUGGAGGCAUCUGGCACCAACAGCACCUAAUACUCUUGGUAAAAGUUAAUAUGUUCUUUCUGAAGUGUAAUUCAUUGUUUUACUAGUGCAGUUUGCUUCGCGCUUCACUUCGGUUUUACUAUGCCAAUCUUGUUUUUAGAGAAAAUGUGCAAAUAGCCAUAUUAACUUUGUAUUUUUUUUAUUUAAAUAUAUUAAUUUUAUCAGU